UCGAUAGAAGAUAGCCAAGAUGGAGGAAACGAAGUUAAUUUGUGUUUUAAAUUUUGAACAUGAUGCUUUCUCUGAGCUUUAUAGACUAAAACAAGACGAGAUGUUGUGUGAUAUAUCAUUAAGGAUUGGAGAAGAACUGGUAAAAGCUCACCGCAUCGUUCUAGCCGCUACUAGCCCCUAUUUUCAUGCGAUGUUCACGGGUGACAUGUUGGAAAGCCGACAGACCGAGGUCGCCUUGCAUGGCGUAGAAUUUCAUUCUCUUGAGCAGCUGAUAAAUUACUGCUACAGUGGCAAAAUAGAAAUAACUAUAAAGAAUGCUCAAAAUCUAUUAGCAACUGCUAACUUGCUACAACUUGUGCAGGUUGAAGAAGCCUGUGUUAAUUUCUUUCAAGAACGACUCCAUCCCAAUAAUUGUCUUGGCAUUCUAAAUUUCGCGGAUGCUUUUAGCUGCAUUUCACUGUCUCAGGCCGCAGAUGAAUUCACCGUUAAAAACUUUAAGCAUGUUGUUGAUUCUGAUGAAUUUUUAAGUCUUCCCUACGAACAAAUUUCCCGACUUUUGAUUCGAGAGGAUUUGAACAUCCGUUCAGAAGAACAAAUUUUUGAAGCAGUUAUGAAAUGGGUUAAGAAAGAUGAAGAAGAUCGCAAAGUUUUUCUUCCUAAUUUAUUGAAAAAUGUACGUCUUGCAUUGUUAUCGCCACAGUAUCUUUGUGAUAAAGUAUGUAAUGAUGAACUUAUUCGCAACAGUUUGAUAUGCAGAGAUCUAAUUGACGAAGUAAAAAAUUACUUUCUUUUGCCUGAGCGUCGGAAUGACUUCACUGGUGUGUUUGCUAAGCCUAGAAAAUGCAGCGAAGCUUCUGGGGCAAUUUAUGCUGUUGGUGGGCUAACACAAAGUGGUGAACCACUUAGUACAGUUGAAAAAUUUGAUCUCCUUAACCUUGAAUGGCAGUCUUGCAAAUCAAUGUUGACACUACGAACACGAGUUGGGGUUGCAGUUCUUGAUAACAAGUUGUAUGCCUUAGGUGGAUAUGAUGGUAAUGAUCGUCUGAGUACAGUGGAGUUCUUUGAUGCAGAAGAGAACAUUUGGUGUCGGACAUCAUCAAUGAAUACCCGGAGAAGUGCUCUUGGAGCAUCCGCACUAAAUGGUAAUAUAUUUGUUUCUGGAGGAUAUGAUGGCCAUAUCUCCCUUCAUACUGUAGAAUUUUUUAACCCGGAUAGCAAACAAUGGCGAUUUACCUCACCCAUGACUACUUUACGAAGUGCAGCUGGAAUGGUGUCUUUGGGAGGCAAAUUGUAUGUAACUGGUGGUCAUAAUGGUUUACAGAUAUUUAAUUCUGUUGAGUGUUUUGAUCCACAGCUUAACACAUGGACAUGUAUGCAAGGUAUGAAAACAAGAAGGUGUCGAGUUGGUGUGGUAGUGAUGGAUGGCUGCCUUUAUGCUUGUGGUGGUUAUGAUGGAAGUUCUUUCCUUGAUUCUCUUGAACGCUACUGCCCCAGAACAGGCUCAUGGUCUAUGCUUGCACCAAUGAGCUCCAGGCGAAGUAGAGUUGCCUUGACAACAUUGGGUGGUUCUCUUUAUGCAAUUGGUGGCUAUGAUGGUAUGUCUAAUCUUAAUUCUAUGGAAAGGUAUGAUCCAAAAGCAGAGCAAUGGUUUCCAGCUCCCUCUAUGUAUUUGCAUGAAGGGGGUGUUGGUGUUGGGGUUCUACCAUGUAUAUAAUGGUAGUUUGAUUGUAUUUUUAAUAUUUUAGGAUAAAAUAUGACACUUGGGCUCCUCAAUUUACAAUUAUCUAGAUAAUUUAUCAUGUAUUAGUUUAUGAAAAGAUAAACCUCUUGGGUAUUUAAAAAUACACAUUUAAUGUACGGAAUUAGUAUUUAAAUAUUUCGUGAUUGCGAUGAAACUUUUAUUUAAUAGUACAAUAUAAUGUCUUUUUUGAAAAGAUUCAUAUCAAUUUAGGAUCAAUUAUAAUACAACAUUUCAAGCAAAAA